AUUUAGACAGGAAAUCGUCGUAGUUUUAUGAAGGUCGAAUGACAAAACCGCAUAAUUUUUAUCCAUGACCUUUUCUGACAGUUUCAUCGUUACCAUACUCAGCUUACUUGCUUAGCAGUUUAGUUGGAUUAUCACAAUUUUUUCAGCAUGAUUCCAAUGAAUCACUGAGAGUUUCCAGUUUUACAUGGGCGAACCGUCAGCUGGCGGUGUAAUGAAAAAUUCCGCAAAGAAUGAUCAGUUCAACUAUUGGAUUACACGGGUUCCACUUCUGGCCAGGAGCAGAAAGUAUACACCACUUUUCAAGAAUCUCAUCAUUGGCGGUGGGUUGAUGAUGGUGGGAGAAGUUGUAGCACAGGAGAUCAAAUAUUGUUUGUCUACAAGUCAUCAGGAGAACAAUGUGACAGAACAAGAUUUGCCUUCGACGACAGGGGAAAAAAUGAAUGGCCUUAAAGUCCUGUGUGGAUGUUGGAGGAACCAAGUAUUUUCAACAACUCAUAUUGACAUUUAUGGAGUAGCUAGACUUGGUUUCAUCGGAACCUUCCAGGGUUUUUACCAACACUUCUACUAUACUUGGCUCGACAGGAAGUUAAUCGGAAGUUCUGCACUUGUCGUGGCUAAGAAGGUGGUCCUAGAUGAAGUUCUGGUCGGGCCGGCAAGUCUCUUGGUCUUCUUCGUGUAUAACGGGUACUGUAACACGAAAAGUCUGAAAGGUGGUGUGGAGCACGCCAAAAACCUGUUUUGGCCUGCUUACUUUGCCGAUCUGGCUUUCUGGCCCCUCGUUCAAUCGAUUAAUUUCGCCUUCCUCCCCACUCGGUACCGGGUCCCGUAUAUCGCGUUGUUCAUGUGCAUUUGGAAUUCCUAUCUAUGUCUACUCAACUCCAGAAAGACAGCUGAACAGUCCAAACGACAACAGGGACAAACUGCACCAGAACCCAAAGCCAAUCUGUGACGGAUUCUUCGGAAUCCCUUGUGACAGCGCCUGUUUGAUUUAUUCCUACAAACAUUAGAUUUGUUUAUUUGUUCUAAGAGAUUUUCUUUUUUUUCAAUUUGGUUGUCAUUCCUGACCACAUGAGCUAUGAAUUGAUAUUGUGGAAUAUAGGUAGCUCGGAUGCUUUCUUUUGUCUGUUCGCCGAGCCUGUGAUUUGGAUUACCAACGUUUCGUCACCAGUCGAGGAAAUAUCGUCAGCUCGGAGCUGCGUAGGUAAAUUCCUCCUCCUCCCUCUGUGCUCAUACAAUUUUUAAACUUGAAUGUGUCACCUGUUUCCAUCCG